GACUUCCGGUGUCUUUAAAUUCUCAGCCAUUAAUCUGAUCGAACGCUGCGAGUGAUUUUGGCUACAUCUGAUCUGAUUAGAACGAUGGAUAUACCCAUCAGUUAAUAUAUCACGAAAGCACUGGACCGUCAAACGACCGCGCCGGAUUUGAUAGGCGUCUGUUACUCGAUCAAAGCGGUCGUUUUAGUUCCUCUUUAUUUUGCCGCAGUCAAAAUUAUUCCAGCUCAAGGCCAGCGGUCGCGCGCACUUUCUCUGCUCAUACAACAUUUCACAUCUCUCGCAUCAUAAUCGAGACAUCUCUCUUUUUAAUGGUUCGUGUAUCAUCGUUUUGAUGUGUCUUUAAUUUUGGACUAUAUUUUUUCCUGAUCAGCAGUCGAGCUCAUCCUGGUUUGGUGUCUGGUUCACAGGCAGGUCUGGAUUCCUAACACGGAUUCAAGCACUCAAGCUGAUAUAUAAUGCUGAUCCAGUAAUACAAACAACAGUUUGGCAUCACGUCAAAUAGAGCAAAGGCUGUGCGAGGCAGCGAAAGGCCAGAGGGAGAAGACACAUACUGAGUCUUUGUGCCAGGGGUUGUGCUGCCCUCUCACUGCUGGUCAACCAUCGAUUCCUGGCUGCCCUCCACCUCUGAUCACAGCCAUGACCUCUCAGAGAGACCCCGACACAGUGAAUCUACGGCUGAUCCUUGUAAGUGGGAAGACACAGGAUUUCACUUUCUCUCCGAAUGACUCUGCCACAGACAUUGCCCGCCAUGUUUUUGAAAACUGGCCAGCAGGCUGGGAGGAGGAGAGUGUGAGCAGCCCCAGCAUCCUGAGGCUGAUCUUCCAGGGCCGCUUCCUGCAUGGCAAUGUCACACUAGGAGCUCUGAAGUUGCCCCCUGGCCGAACAACUGUCAUGCACUUGGUUGCCAGAGAGACGCUGCCAGAGCCGAACUCCCAUGGCCAGAGGAACAGGGAGAAGACUACAGAGAGCAGCUGCUGUCUACUGCUGUAAAACCCAGACAAAGCUUUCCCCACCUCCUUCUGUCCUUCUGCUCCCCGCUCCUGUCUCUGCUCACCAACCCGUGGUGCAUUCUGGAUGAUUACAGAACAGCUCCAGGGACAGUGCGACUAGGUUUUCGUUCAGUGUUUUUGCUCCUUAUAGUAACUGGAGACUCUCUUGUGCCAAGUUUAUCAAAUCUCAUGCGUUUGCCUUGGUUUGGUUUUCUCGUUUCGUUUGGUUGCCAAAAUUAAUUUUUGCUUGGUAAAGUGGCCAUUUGUUUAUAGGCUGCUGCCUCUGAAAAUAUUAAACUGUGCAAAUAUGAAAUACCUGAAUCAUUGAAAGGAAAUUAUGUAAACGGAUGUGUGAACAGGUUUUCAGAGGGACGUCCUGUACUCGAGAGACCUUCUGUUCUCCCAACACCCAAGUGUCAGUUUUCACUUGGCAUUACAUGCCUGACUCAGAUGAAGUUUAGUAUGCGUCAUAAUAACAGACUUUUGUUUGCACUUAACACGGAUCCUUAUCUGAAGUCACUAUGUGUGUGUUGUAGUCUUAAUCCUCCUGCCUGCCUCAAACAGAAGGAGCUUACGGAGAGAGAGGUGUGAGGACUCGAGCACCAGUCUGUUGCUGUGGACCGAGGGAGUCUGAUAUAGCGCUGGUGGAUUUGACUGUGCUAUGGCCACCUGCGUUUUUUGCCUUUGUCCUAGGACCAAUCGAGAGUGGAUCUCAAAGUCGCCAGACUCCUCUUACUACCUAGUUACGUCAACAUCUGUGCAUGACCCUAGUCUAGUGUUUCCUCGCCCUGGGUGUGUACCAGCCGCCUUUGAAAACCAUUCACCCUGUGUCUACUUGAAUAGAGUUUUUUUUUCUUUUCUUUUCCACGUCUCCGCUGAAGAAGCAUGUGUUUGAUGUGAAGUGACACAAACUCUUCUUCUUGCCCAGUCAGGAUAUAUCAUCUGUAUCCUGUCCCAUGGUUGUCUAAAAUGCGUCCUGAGGGACACAGUCCAGGUGCAAAGAAUAAGGAAAUCAUCCGAAAGCCUCUGUCUGGAGCAAAGGGCUGGGCUGGUAAAAGCCCCCAUUAUAAGCGCUAUGGAUUUAUGGACCCCCUGCUACGUUGUUGCAUUAGGUCAAAAUGUGCGUUGGGGAUGGCCGGCCCUAAUGGCCUCCCACUGGGCCAGAAGAAAGGAACAAUUGAGUGUUUUAUUUCCUAAUGUUUGUAAGCCGUCUGUUUUGUUUGCCUUUUGAUUGUGGGAAA